GCAUGGGAUCAGUUCCACCUGCACCCAUGGACUGCCAAUGUGUGAUGUUAAGGCCUGCCCUGCUUUUAUCUUAACUCAAGGUGUGGGUCAUUGUUUCCUCUGCUCCUUUGCUUUCUUUGAUGUUUCAGUGCUCUGAAUCCCAGCUGGCCCAGUGCAAGUGAUCCCUGGCCUCGGGGUGGAUUCUUCAGUGGGUAUUUUUGCCUGUUUGGGGGAAAUUGAGCACUGUGAGUCACAGCAGAGUUCCCAAAAUAAGAAGGAGAGAUAAGAUUUUCUGGCUCCUGGGGUUCCACUCCAGACAGAGUGGAGACUGUCUGAGGCAGCCUUGCAAAAUUCCAGCGCCUUGGUAGCAGUUGCACUGCCUACCUUAUUCACACUUAAUGAGACACAGAGGCUAAGAAGGGAUGAGUAUGUGUUUGGAAAUUAUCUUUGCUUCCCAUCUAGACCUCGGGGAAAACUUGUGCCUUAAACCUUUUGUCUCUGAAUUUUUGAAGAAUUAGCAUUAAAGCUCCUCUCCAAACAGGAAACACCUUCUCUACUGGCACCAGAACUCCUUUUCCCCUCAAGGCUGGCUAAAGCUCUUAUUUUUCCUCUUCUAGUGAGCGUCACUGUGGGUGAAGGUGGACACUUUUCCAUUACUUCAAAAUUUCAAGUGGCUCUACAGCUCUUUGCCAUGGAAUAAAUGUCUGUUAUACAAAACAUUUUGACAUAAGUAGUGAUCAAGUGUUUUAAUUUAGGAAUGAGGAAUAUACCUUCUAGGAGAGAGAUGGAACUGGAUUACUCAGAGGUACUUAAUGCUCUGGUUUUUUGUCUGUUGACAUAACAGAAUCAUUAACAUUUUAAAAAAGGAAGACUUACAAAUACGUAAAUGCAGGUGUAAUCUUACCGUGUAGGUGAAGAAAAAGUCUUUUCUAAAGACGUGGAAAAUGAAUCUUUGCCUUUUUUUAUACGUACAAAUAGAUGACUGUAUAUUCUGCUUACCUGAGAUCCCACCAUGUUCUGUAUUUACCUUGGAUUUGUGAUUUCUGCAAGUUCAACAGAGAACUUUAGAUAAUGCAAAGUAAUUUGCAUUGCAUUGAGUUUUCAUAAGCUACUGAUAAAGAUACUGAAAAAUGUUUUUCAAACCAAGACUUGAAAUUUCCAACAGAAAGGUAGACUCUACAAAACUCCUGUUUUAGCAUUUCAUGGUUUCUUUGGAAAAUUUUCCUUUGAAACUUUGUCACUACAAAUCAAGCCACCACUACUUGUUAUGCACCAACUGGACAUAAAACAUUGUUGAUCACAUGCCUCCUAAGUACUCUGGAAUAACUUUUAGGUUUUAGAAGGUGGUAAAGAUUUCUUUCCUCCAUCACCCUUUUGUACAGUGGGGUGGGAAUAAAAUAGUUCUCUUGGACAGAGAGUGAUCUUUGAAAAACUGCCCUUUGAGUAGUGAUUCCAUCUCUUAUAUGCUCAUUUUAUGGUGAUUUCAACUAAGCAUUGUUGCACUUGUUUCCUCAUAAGAAUGUCUCAUGGGACAUUAUUAAAAGUCUUAAUUAUAACAAACCAUAGUCCACUAUUGUUUCUUUGUUCCUGACUCAACCUAGACCACCAACUUGAUUGAUCUGCCAGGAAGAGAUCAAUUCUAUCAGUGUCAGCUGUUCUGAACAGCUUAGCAGCUGCCUGCUGAUUUUUCAAUUGUUUUCUUUAACAUUUUUUCAGUGUUAUUCUGGUAUUUUUCUAGGAGCUCACGUGGAAGGCCCGGCUUCUAAUUACCUUGAUCUUCCUUUCCUAGACACAGAAAGGCAAUAUUUGCUUUUUGCCAGCCCUCUGACACCUUUUCCCAUACUCCCAAAGUGUAAGAGGAGAGUGGACAACUUCCCAGCUCUGUACAGCACCAGAAAGGAGGCUCUUAUGUUCCCAAAUCAAGUGGCAAAAGAGGAAAAAAGCAUGAAUGUGAAAUAACUGUGAGAAGAGAACAAACCAGUAACAUGGAAACCAGCUAAGGGGCAGGCUGCAUGGCAUUGCUAGCUUGAUUAUCUACAGCUCAAUCUGAGUAACUGUAUCACAGGAGUGGCUAGUUGAGGGAAUAAAAGGCAGGGGAUUACAGAGUCGAGGCACUUGGAGCUGAACUUGAUCUUCAAGUCCGAGUUCAUCAACUUAGCCACGGAAAGGAGCCACUGAGAAAUAUUGCAGAGGAACUUCUGCCACGGGGACUCUGCAGCUGCGACCUAGCCACCUGCUUUAAAAGAUAAAGAAGAGAAAACACUCAAACAUGGUUUGCUUGUGGUUCCUAUCUCUUCUUACUUAUGGACUUACAGUGCUGCAGGGGGCGAAUGGUUGGACAUACCAUUAUUCAGACAGAAACAUGACCUACAGGGAAGCAGAGGAGUGGUGCAAAAAGAGGUAUACUAACAUGGUUGCCAUUCAGAAUAAGGAGGAAAUCAACUAUCUCAAUAACUUCUUACCCUAUAAUCCGGGUUACUACUGGAUUGGAAUCAGAAAAAUUAAUGAUGUGUGGACCUGGGUUGGAACUAACAAAGAACUGACAGAAGAAGCGAGAAACUGGGCUUCAGGGGAGCCAAAUGGCAAAGGGAACAACGAGGACUGCGUGGAAAUCUACAUCAAAAGAGGGAAGGAUGAUGGCAAAUGGAAUGAUGAACAGUGUGAGAAAAAGAAGGUCGCCUUGUGCUACACAGCUUCUUGCAACCCAUCUCUCUGCAGUGGCCGUGGAGAAUGUAUAGAGACUAUUAACAGUCACACCUGCCAUUGUAACCCUGGGUUCUAUGGCCCUGAAUGCGAGUUUGUUGAGAGUUGUGAUCCACUAAGGAAACCUGAGCACGGGAGCCUCGAGUGCAACCAUCCAUUGGGGAACUUCAACUACAACUCAUCCUGCACAGUUCAGUGUGAGGAAGGCUAUGAACUGACUGCACUGGAAUCUGUACACUGCACCUCCUCUGGGGUCUGGUCUGCCCCCCUUGCAGCGUGCAAACCUGUGACCUGUCCUGCCUUGGAAAUGCCUGCCCACGGUGCUGGGAACUGCUCCCAUCCCUCUCUGGAGCUCACCUGGGGUACCAUCUGCGAGUUCACCUGUGAGGAAGGCUUUACCCUGACAGGACCAGCCACCCUGCAGUGUGGGUCUUCUGGAGCCUGGGACAGGCAGCAGCCAUCCUGUGCAGCUGUGAGGUGUGAAGCUGUAAGCUGGCCAGAAGAAGGGUCUGUGACCUGUGAUCCUGCAGAUCUCACCUAUGGCUCACGCUGUGAGUUCCACUGCAAUGAGGGCUACGUUGUGGAUGGCCCAUCCAGCACUGAGUGCAUGGCACAGGGACAGUGGUCAGAGCCAGUGCCAAAAUGCAAAGCUGUGACCUGUCCUGCCUUGGAAAUGCCUGCCCACGGUGCUGUGAACUGCUCCCAUCCCUCUCUGGAGCUCACCUGGGGUACCAUCUGCGAGUUCACCUGUGAGGAAGGCUUUACCCUGACAGGACCAGCCACCCUGCAGUGUGGGUCUUCUGGAGCCUGGGACAGGCAGCAGCCAUCCUGUGCAGCUGUGAGGUGUGAGGCUGUAAGCUGGCCAGAAGAAGGGUCUGUGACCUGUGAUCGUGCAGAUCUCACCUAUGGCUCACGCUGUGAGUUCCACUGCAAUGAGGGCUACGUUGUGGAUGGCCCAUCCAGCACUGAGUGCACGGCACAGGGACAGUGGUCAGAGCCAGUGCCAAAAUGCAAAGUUGUACAGUGUGAACCACUGAGCUCUCCUGAGAAAGGCUCUAUGGAUUGCUCACAUGGUGCUGGGAUGUUCACAUACAACACCUCCUGCCACUUCAGCUGUCUUGAGGGAUGGAAUCUCAAUGGCUCUCAUGUUCUGGAGUGCAGUCACUCAGGAGCCUGGAGUGCCAGCCUGCCCACAUGUGAAGCUCCUGAGCUAGUCAGCUACGUCACUGUGGGCAUAGCAGCCACAUCUGCCUCCCUGCUGUCCACGGCAUCGUUCCUCCUUUGGCUUGCAAAACGCUUCCGGAGAAAAGCAAAGAAAUUUAUUCCCUUCAGUAACCAGCAUGAAACAGCCACUGAAGGUAUUUUCCAAAGUGCUGGCCAGGAUGUCUAGCUCAGGUGUUUCAGGAAUGGAAGCCACCUUUGUCUCAGAUUUCUGGAAAAUGAAGCUGCAUGCAAAUCAGCAGCUGUCCAGAUGUUUUUACCUCUUGCAAUACAAAAGACCUUGUGUAUUUACUCAGAAAUUUUGAGCUCAAGCUGUCGGGUAUUUCCACUGAAGACAAGCAGAGAGUAAAACUCUGGCCUUCUGGCAAAAUACUGUCUACAUUCAGUCAUGUAGUUAUGAUAACUGGGAGCUUGCCAUGUCCUGUCCAGAUGGUGAGCAAAGAGUGUGCUGCUGCCUAAAGAGGAGGCUGGUUCCUCCUCUGCUCCACUCAAAGGUACCGAGGUGAAGUGAAGACAUGCAUUAUUUCACAUCACUUACUACACUGCUGGAGGUGUCUUCUCUGGAGUCCUAUGGGUUAUGCUGGCAGAAACAGAAUAAUCAGUGUGAAAAAGUAUUCGUUGAAUGGCUUUGAAACCACUGAUCCUGGUUUUUGGAAGUCAGUUUGAGAGGAUGUCCCAGUCAAUAAAUGUACCUGUGCAGAUAUUGGCAAUUAUUUGGGUUUCUGCUGCAUACCCCAAAAAACUUAGAGACUUUAAACCCACUGGUUUGGUUUUUUUUGGUUUUUCUAAUAAUAGCACUAGGAACCAUAGUGCUUAUACAAGGUACUCUGGUUUCUGAAGGCAGCAGGUAGAUCUGGAAUUAUCUCAUCCCUGUGGGAUUAUGCACUGUAAUGCAUGUAUAUACAUAUGUAUUUAAUUUUUAACUGUUACUGAGGAUGUUUCUAUGCUGUUAACUGUAAUGUAAAAUACUUGUUCUUGAGUAGGUCUGUGGCCAUUGAUCUUGGCCCAAGUAAUUUUAAAAUAAAUUGGAGGUGUUUGUAUAGAUUUUGUGCCUGCAUACUAUUUGCAAAUAAAAUGGGAGCCUGAGAUUUGUAUGUCUAGAAAGUCUUUCUUAAAUUAUGUUUAAGUUAUGAUUAUAAAUUAAAAAUCUCUGAUUUAAUCUGAUAUGUAUUGUCCUGUUUGUAACAUUAUUUAAUAAAAUAUUUUCAACGUAA